AUGUUUACUUAUGCAGCACUUGAUAGUUCAUACUCGAUGUGUAACCUGUUACAACUGACGGAAUGUGCUGCAGGGCAUGCUCCUGAUAACGUUGGCCGUGUCGCUCAAGUCCCUCCACCCGCAAUGCACCCCGGACGGCGGGUGCGCGCCGGCGACGCAGCAGCAGGUGGCCUUCUUCUACGGCGCGCUAUACACGAUGGCCAUCGGCGCUGGCGGCACCAAGCCAAACAUCUCGACGUUCGGCGCGGACCAGUCCGACGACUUCGACGCGCGCGAGCGCGAGGUCAAGGCCUCCUUCUUCAACUGGUGGAUGUUCAGCUCCUUCACGGGCGGCCUCGUCGCCGUGCUCGUCCUCGUCUUCGUGCAGGAGAACGUCGGGUGAGGCAUCGGGUGCACCAUCCCCACCGCCGGCCUCGCCCUGUCGCUCCUCCUCUUCUACGUCAGCACGCCGUUCUACAGGCACAAGCCCGUCCGCCGCGACACGGCCGCCGGCCUUGCGAGGCAGGUCGGCAGUGUGUUCCGCGGCGCGUUCGCGAACCGGAGCCGCCCGCUGCCGGCAGACGCCGGCGAGCUGCACGAGCACGACACCGCGUGGUACGCCGCGGCCAGGAAGCGCCGGCUGCACCGCACGCCGGCUCUCCGGUUCCUCGACCGGCCGGCGCUGAGGCCGCCGACGGACUAUGAAGGCACCAGCCGGAGAUCCUGCACGGUGACGGAGGUGGAGCAGGUGAAGCUGAUCGUGGGCAUGAUCGUGGUUUGGCUGACGACGCUGGUGCCGUGCACCAUCUGGGCGCAGGUGAACACCCUGUUCGUGAAGCAGGGCACGACGCUGGACCGCACCAUCGGCGGCGUGCGCGUCCCGGAGGCGUCGCUUGGCAGCUUCAUCACCGUGUCGAUGCUGCUGUCCAUCCCGGUGCACGACCGCGUGCUGGUGCCGCUGGCGCGGCGGCGCACGGGGGACCCGCGCGGGAUCACGCUCCUCCAGCGCCUGGGCGUCGGGUGCGCGCUGCAGGUGCUCGUCGUGGCGUGCGCCUACGGCGUGGAGGUCCGGCGAAUGCGUGUGAUCCGGGAGCGGGCCGUCCGCGGCGCCGGCGAGACGGUGCCGAUGAGCAUCCUCUGGAUGCUACCGCAGUACGUGCUGAUGGGCGUCGGCGACGUGUUCAACUCCGUGGGGAUCCUCGAGUUCUUCUACGACCAGUCGCCGGACGGGAUGCGGAGGCUGGGCACCACCUUCUUCACCAGCGGCCUCGGCGUCGGCAACAUCCUCAACAGCCUGCUCGUGACGCUCGUCGACCGCGCCACGAGGGGCGGGGGCAGGAGCUGGAUCGGCGACAACCUCAACGACUCCCACCUCGACUACUACUACGUGUUCCUGCUGAUCCUCUCGGUGCUCAACACGGCGCUGUUCGUGUGGGUGGCGAUGAGGUACCAGUACAAGAGGGAGUUCCUGGAGGUGGAACCUGCGGGGACGCCGGAGUUGGAGAUGGCCGCCGCCAAGGGGAAGGCGGCCACGCUGGACUAGGGUGAUCGUAGAAGUAUACAGAUGAGACAUUUGGACACGUGGACACGAGUUUAUGGUCUGUUAAUGGGCCUCUAAUAUGUCGUUGGGCUUAUGCUUUACGGGAAAAGUAAUAGAAAAACAAACGAAUUAGGGCAAACGCAAGCCCAUAUUACAAGCCCCUCGAGUUUGAUUUGUACUGCAAUGACCCAAAAGACGGCGAAACAAAUGGGAAUCGGUAUGGCAGAA